UUUCACCAUGAAAAAUACCAUUAAAAGUCAAAUUUGCCCUGAUUAACUUAAAUAAAAUAAUUAGAAAACCUUGUGAAUUCUCUAUUAUGUUUUGAGGAUGCAAAAUGUUAUUAUUAUUUUUUACGGGUGCAAAGUGCCAAAAAUCUCCAUUUUAAGGGUGCAAAGUGGGAUUAAACCUAUAAUAAAGUGUCAAAAAAUUAUGGGGGUAUUUAGGUCAAUUUUUGAAGAAUGUCUAAAAAGUAAUAGGAAAAGUAAACACUAAUUAACCAUAAUCAUAUUUCGUAUUACAGUUCAAUGUUAAACAUCAUUAGUUGCGCCACCGUCUCCUCUCGCCGCGCACCUCCGCCGAAUUCGACACGCGCAACCAGCAAUUCACCACAUGCUUUCUACAGAUGCAAUUCACCACCACCUUGCUUUCUCAUUUAAUUGAUACGCCGUAAUUGGACGAGGAAUUGUGGCGAGUAUGAUACUGCAGCCAUGAGUGAAGUUAUACAUUCCAGCUUCCUUUUUGACAACUAGGGUUAUUUGUGGGCCUUGUGGCUGAAAGCAUACGCCUCUGCAAUGAAUGAAGCUACUAUCGAUCCGUCAAAUCUUCUCUGCCACCUGGAAGAUAUCCUGGAUUCCGACCCUCACAUUGAUGAAGUGGGGUUUAUUCAUCCAAUGCAGUUUGCUGCGUUCAACGAAGAGGACCAUAGUGGAUCUGGAACUCAUCUGACAGAUGAAAUUACUCGAAAACCAGUAAGAGACAGUAGUUCUCAUACUUUCUUUUGGCAUAGCAAACAUAAGCUGGGUAUCUCUACCAUUGUCCUACUUCCGUUGUAUAGAGCGGCUAAAGAUGCAUUCUUAGAUGCUUAUAAAGGAUACAGAAUGUUGAGAGAUUCUCAACUAAAGAAGGAUGAAUCGCUAGAGAACAGUGCGUUAACGUGUUUGCCAUCUUUACUGGAUACAAUGGAAAAGGAAGUUAUGAGACAUAGCAAGGCACUUCUUCUACUGAGCUGCGAUUUUGGCACCGCAUGGAAUGCCAGGAAGUUAAUUGUGUCAAGGAAGCUGCUCUCACCAAUGUUUACGGAUGAACUGCUUUUAUCAGCUUUAGUUUUAUCCUAUUCACCAAAAAGUGAACGUGCCUGGAGCCACAGGAGAUGGGUAAUCAAGAUGAUAGCUGGAAAAAGUGCAAAUAUGCAAGAGAUAGUGGAAAGAGAAUCCGAGUUAGUGAAAACCCUAGCAGAGAACUCUAAAAUGAAUUACCGUGCUUGGAGUCACCGCUGCUGGUUAGUUUCGUACAUGUCAGAUUCACAGGUGCUACUUGAGUUGCAAAGUUCUCGAGACUGGGCUGGGCUUCAUGUUGCUGAUAACUCUUGUUUCCAUUACCGAUCUCGCUUACUACUCCGGAUGAUAGAGAAUUUACGGCAUAACAAUGAUUCAGAUGGUUUCUCAGGUGCAGAAUUUCAUCAGAAGUGGAAGGAGGAGCUAGACUGGGUUGGGAUGUUAAUAAAACGUUAUGUCGGAAGAGAGGCUUUAUGGCUUCACCGUCGCUUCCUCUCACUUGUAUGGAUGAAACAUUUAGCAAUUGAUGAUCAAUGUGGCUUUAUUAAAGAUGAAAUAACGCUAUCCCAAUCAUCGACAAUCAUACCUGAUAACGAUUACGGGGACUAUCAAGCACAAGCAACCUAUUCCGCUACCUACAUCAUGUGGCUUGCAAAGCAAAUGCCCAUGUCUUUUGGCGUUGAGCUUCGAAAAAGUUCACAUUACGAGGCGCUCAAACUAUUUGCUGGUAAUGUCGGAAAAAGCUGCCUUUGGGAUUCUACGACUUCGAUAAUUGAAAUAUGCGACGACAGGUGAGUUAGAAGCAGCUUCUUACACGAGCCUGGUAAACCUUUUAUACCUUCUUAGUUGCGAAAUAAAAACCAUUACAUUGCAAAUUUGAUUAUAUGGUCAUAGUGGAGAAUAUGUGUUGAAGUUUGUUUAUAUCAGAUGUAAUAAUAUAUUCAACAGUCAUGCAAAAAUUGAUUAAGGCCUCGUUUGGUUGGAGAGAUUAGCCAUGAUUUGAUGUUUGAUAUCUCAAAUAACUUGUCCGAUCGACACGCAAAUUAAUUUUAUCUUGGCAACCAAACGAGGCAUGAGUUUAGUAUUUGCAAUGUAACAAAGACGCGAAAACUAUCCAAGAGACCCACCAAGAUUCCUACUGGGUCUAAAGUGGAUCCAUCCAUAUCCCAAUAUUAGGUUGUUCCAUUUAUUUAUUUAUUUAUUUAUUUUAUUUU